AUGAUUGGUACGAUGAUUAAAUUUUUAUCGAAUUCAUCUCGUGAAAAUUGUAUAUGUGAAAUGAUACAAUCCAAUACAUUAAUAUCUGCCAUCAAUUAUUUUUCACAAAAUCAAACUUGUCAAUUAUUUUCUUCAAAUAAUAACUCAAUGAUCAUUGAAUAUCAAGUUAAUUCUACUUUAAUAUUUAUUAAUCAAUCAAUAAUUUCAAUUCAAACAAAUAUGGGACGACAAGACCCUCAACUACAUUCACGACAAUUAGUACGACAAGAAGCUCAACCACAUUCACGAGUGGUAGCACGACAAGAAGCUCAACUGCUUCCACAACUAGGAUCACUACCACAGAUUGCUAUUUUAAAAGAUGAUAUCUACAUUCUUUUCUGCAAUUCUGUUUUAGCUCCACCAUCAACUAUUUGUGUGACUAAUAAUAGUGCAACUCUUCAUAAUAAUCAAUUUAUCUAUUCACCAGCAACACAAGCCUAUGCUGCCGGAAUGUUAAACAACACAUUUGGUAUCUAUAAAGCAUAUGGAUAUCAAAACGUUACUACAAGUGCAAUUUGGAGAGCAAAUCAGAUUCAUAACUCAUCUGUCGAAUGUUUUUUAAACAUCCAGACAGAUCGUAAUCUAGUUGUUUAUACAACAAACCUUGCUGUAAUGUGGGCAGCUAGUGUUCCUAAUAGUGGUUCUGGAGACCCAUUCUGUUUGAAAAUGUUAGAUUCUGGAAAUCUGAUAUGGAUUGAUCGAAGUGCAACAAUUAUUUGGCAAACAAAUACUGUACAAACCGGAUAG